AUGAACAACAAUAACGAAACGGUAUCUAUCUCACGCGCGGCGUCCACGCGCUCGCGUUCCUCCAAACGCGGCUCUACGAUCUCGCGCAGCCAGAGCCUCGUCAAGCGCCAGAUCCAAGGCGGGAACGAUCUCAAGCCGAGCGACGUGCUCAUCGAGCGCUUCGUCGCGUGGAAGACGAUCGUCAAGCAGCUCAUAGCCUACUUCGAGGGUGUCGCGGACAUUGAGAACAAUACGGCGAAGGAGUUGACGAAGCUCGGCGCUGUUAUCCAAGUGCCGUUUAGGUCUGGUAAUCAGUUCUUGGGCGAGGGCGGGUUGCAGGACGUAUUCUAUGGGAUUAGGGACAAGACGCGGAUCAUUGCCGACCAACACGCCAAUCUGGGUCGCACCGUUGACUCCUCAAUCGUCCAGCACCUGCAGAAACUUAGGACGGAGAUCAAGGCGCACAUCAAGAACAUUCAGAAUGAUACGGGCAGGCUUGCGACGAGCGUGGCGAAGGAGCGCGAGCUGUCGAGUAAGCUCAUCAGCGAGCUCUCGACCAACAUCUCCGUAUUCAAGAAUACGCCUCUUCAUGUGACGUCCAAGAGCGACCCCUACAUCGCCAACGCAGCCGUCUCCCGCCAACUCGCCAAACAGGUCCACGAAGAAAACGCGCUCCAGAAGUCGAUCAUCAUCAUGCAGCAGAACUCCGCGCACUUCGAAGAGGGCAUCGUGCGCGCGAUCCAGUCCGCCUGGCAGACGUUCGACGAGUGGCAGAGCCGCAUGUCCACGGCCGUGCAGGAGACAUGGCAGACGCUCGGCGGGCACAUGGCGAGCCUGCAGCCCGACCAGGAGUGGAUCGCGUUCAGCGCGCGCUCGGACCACCUGCUCGACCCCGAGACGCCGCUGCGGAACCCGGAGCACAUCAACUACCCCUCGAAAGAGGACCCCGCGGUGCUGCCCGUGCACACGGGCUACAUCGAGCGCAAGAAGCGCUUCACGCGGACGUACAGGGAGAGCUACUACGUGCUCACCGCCGCCGGGUUCCUGCACGAGUUCUCUUCUUCGGACCCUUCGGUGGGCACGAGCCCGACGUUCAGCCUGUUCUUGCCCCUGUGUACGCUCGGGCCGGCGAGCGCGCCGAACGCGCGCAGCCACAAGUUCCACAUCGAGGGCGGGCGCGACGGGCAGGGCACGACGAAGAGCGGCUCGAUACGCCAGAAGAUGGGUAUGAAGUCGAGCAGCGGGCACGCGUGGAGCUUCCGCGCGCGCUCGCACGACGAGAUGAUGGAGUGGUGGAACGAUAUCAGGAUGCUUUGUGCGCGGUACCUCGUCGCGAGCGAGCAUAUGGAGAGGGCGGGCCCGGUGCAUGCUGCGGUGCGCGCGGCGGGGUACGAGACGGAGGAGGGCGAGACGGAUGAGGAGGGGAGCAGUGUUGAGGAAGAAGAAGAGGAUGAGGAUGAGGAAGGCUUGUAUGAGGAGGCCAGGGAUGUGGGGGUUGAUAGGGAGGAGGAGAGUCUGCCGAGUUAUUCGCAUCAUGGGCAUGCGGAGAACGGGUACACUAACGAGAAGAAAGGUGGUAUGCCAGGCGGCCUCCCCGACGCCGACGGCGCAGGUCCCGGUGCAGACGGCGUAGGUCGCAGGCUGAGCAAGCGCCAGCAGGAGAAGGCGCCUGAGGGACGCGAGCCGCGGGUGGCGGAUGAGGACGGCGCGGGACCGGCGGAGGUCGAGACGUCGACGGAGCACGGUCAGUGA